AUGCUCUCACAGAAUGUCGCCAAGACGACGGUGCCGUCGUACUACAUGAUCCGCACCAACCUCCCACAGCGCAAACCGCAGAAUCAGUGGGAGGGUGUUUAUUACUUUGGCGGCAUCACAAAGCGCCAGCGCCAUCUCAUUCUACUCCAGCGCAAACGUGAACGGGAGGCACGCAUGCGGGCUUUCAGUGCCUCCUGUUCAAACUUGCUGCGGUUGUUGGAGGGGGACACGCAGGAACAACAGCAAGCAAAGACGCAGACGAUACAACUUUCCUCCCCACACGGUCCAUUCGAUCUUGCCAUCCGUUUGGCGCAGCAUGGACUCUACCAGCAGGCGAGCCGCAUCGUGGACGAGUUGCACCAGCAGCGUGCACUCCGCAUGAGUCACUACGGCCUUCUUAUUGAUGCGCUUUCAGCUCCUUGUUUGGGGCAGCGCAUUUUGUACGGCAGCGCACAAUGCGACCCCGCUCUAACCUACAAGUUACUUGGAGACGAGAAUGGCGAGGAGCGGGCGCAGGAGGCCCAUCGAUGGUUUGACAUGGCGUUCGCAUUGCUGACGACAGAGUGCAGGAUGAGUGGGAGUGAGCAUCGUUUGCCACAAGCCACGGCGGCCGCCACACAUCUUGUGAAUGCACUGAUGCGUGCACUUCUGACGUGCGGCUACACGCAUGUGAGUGCCGUUCCUGACGCCGUGUACGACCGCAUGGGGUUGAUGGGUAUUUCGCCCACAAUUAGCACGUAUGAGCUUGUGAUGCUUGCUCUGUCGCUGCAGGGAAACAUGAAAGAGGCGGAGAGCGUCUUCUCUUUCCUCCGCAGGCAUCAUAACGAACAUGUGACAAUUGGCAGCUUCAACGCCCUUCUUCUGGGUCACCGUGAGUGCCGGCAGUUUGACCGGUGCGAUGCCAUCUGGCAGGAGCUUGUGGACCGUCGUUGGCCGCGUGCCAGCACGCUCACAGCCGAACUGUACCUCCGAAGCAUCGUUGAUCACUCCUACACCCCAACGAGUGGACCGCUGCAGCGCUUUGGGAACAUAAAUGUGGUUGAGAAGAAGAAGAUACCGCUUGUUUUGGCGCAAAUGGACGAUCUUGGCAUCCCUCGCGCGCACCUUUCGCGGCCACUCAUGGAUGAGGUGGAGGACGCCCUGCGCAAGUUCCACAUUUACAAGUCCAGAUACUACGAAUGGGGCCGUGCGGUGAAGCAGUUUAACUUUAUCGAGUUCCGCCGCCGCAACGGUUGGAUGUACGACUUGCACCUGAUGAAGAACACCACCAAGCAGGUGGGGCCAUUACGCGACUUCAACCAACCAGACGCCACGCAGGCGCCGGUAGCAACGGUGGAGAUACCAGCGUUCUUUAACGAACGUCCUGCAUGGGAGCAGCCACCGCUAGAGGAGACCUUAUACGUCACGGAAUCAAGGGAGCGGUAUGAUGAUGUGCGCUCAGGUGAUAUUUACGAGGAUCGCACUCGUAGUCUGCACGACCGCUCCCCUACGUGGAUGAACGAGGUGCCUGAGACGCGUUAUGACCACCUGUACGGCGUGAACCACCCGGACAUUGCAAAGAUUGGCAUCCGACGACACCUUAACGCAGAGUAUGUGAACCGCAAGGAGGUUGUGGAGCGCGACGCGGCUCUCAUGAAGAAGAACUUGAGCACUGGUCGGCGUCUGCGCCGCAAGGUGGAGUCCUCUCGUACACACCGCAACGCUGGGUCAAUGAGUGGUGCCGCGCCUGCAUCGGCCUCACGGUAG